CAGCUGUGAUAACCCUUUCUCCAUGCCGCAGCGAGAGUGAGACGAUCGUAUUUGCUUGGAACGGAGUACUGCGAUCAGUUGAGAUUAGGGUUGCGAAUUCGCUGAAGCUAUGGGUGGAGCUCCUCAUGACGCGCAUUACCCUGGGUACCCCACACAGGUGUGGAGUCCUACGGGAGGGUGGUGGUGUCACCCGAAGCUUUGGCGCCGCAACACAGUGAUUGCUUUCGCUGGCAUUUUCGCCGUGUGCAUUCCGAUUGCCAUGAAGUCUGCUCAGUUGGAGCAACGGCCCUUGAUGCCUGUGCGACCUGUGCCAUCUCAAAUGUGGUGCAAGAACUUUGGUGACAAAGAAGCUGCGACUGAUUGAGUUUACAAAUGUUCCUCAGAGAUAGCAAAGCCAAAUUAAGCAAGCAUAUGACAGUAAAUUGUUCUCUCAGAUUGUCGGUGUUGUUUCGGUUGGAGUUGCACAGUAAACAUAGGAAUUGGUGAUUAGAGUAGUUUUAGCGCCUAUGCAUCGGCAUCUUUUAGAUGUUGUGAAGGGUGGUAUUUGAACGACAAGUGCAAUAGUGUUGUUGCUUUCAUUUUGAUUGUGGUUAGCAGGUGGUGGUUCUCUUGCUUCUGCGUUUCCCUGUCACUUGUAAUGUCAUGGCACAAUUCAACUUGAAACUGUGCACAUUCGGCCCAAAUUUUAAGUAUUUCUAAUAAUCCAGAGUAGCGUAAAGACUACGAUUCGCAAGGGUCCUUCCUGGUACA